AUGUCUGGUGGAAGAGAGUUCCAGAGACGAGGGGCAGAGCGUCUGAAGGCUCUGAAACCCAUGGUAGUCAAACGAGCAGGAGUGAUACAGGGUCAGAACGGCUGGGGAGUGACUUACACCUCUACUCAGAUCUGUGCCUUAAAAGGAUCAACAGUGGAAAUAAGCUGCACCUACACAUACCCAUCCAGAAGAAAUGGCCGUGAUACUAAAGUUGAGGAAACAUUCUGGUUUACUCAACUGCAAGAUAAAAAACCUGUGGAUCUGAGAACAGACUCAAGAUACGCAGGUCGUUUGCAGUACAGUUGUUCUAACAACAUCUGCACUCUGAGAAUCACAGACCUGAGAGAGAGCGACUCAGCUGAGUACAAGUUCAGGUUCAUAACAAACCAGCCAGAUGGAAGAUUUACUGGUUCACCUGGAGUCACUUUAUCUGUCAGAGAUACAGGUUUCCAGGUGCAGGUGAGCAGUUUAGAGUCAUGCAAGACUUACACGUGUACAUGGUCACAGCUUAAGUGUCUCAGCAGCUGUAGUCUACCUGAUCAAACCUCCUACAUCUGGUACAAGAAUGGGCAGAAAAUUAAGGAAGAAGCAUCUUCUUAUUCAGACUACUUUUAUCCUGCAGACAGCUAUUCCUGUGCCCUUAAAGGACAUUUUCCUUCUCCAUCAGUGUGUGGCCAUGGUCAUUCAUGCAACAGAGUGACUUACACUGACAGAAGCAUCUGUGCUGUCAAAGGCUCAUCAGUGGACAUUUCUUGUACUUACAACAGUUAUUACACAGAUAUCAGAUCUAAAUUCUGGUUCAGUCCUGAACGUAGUCUUCAGUGGCAGAAUCCCUCACAGCCUGAGGACCUUAGUGAAGACUCCCAGUAUGCAGGUCGUGUUCAGGUCCUUGAAACAGAGAGAGGACGCUCCACUCUGAGAAUCACUGACCUGAGAGAGAGCGACUCAGCUGAGUAUCACUUCAAAUUCACAGCAGGAAGCUUUGAAUGGAGGAGUAGUUUACCUGGUACAACUCUGACUGUCACAGAUCCAGAUCUCCAGGUUCAGGUGAUCAGAUCAACAGUCUACAAGAAUUAUACUGAGGCAGAGCUGCUUUGUCACAGCAGCUGUCGUCUACCUGAUCGUCCUUCCUACGUCUGGUUCAAAAAUGGACAGAAAAUGGAAAGCGUGGAGACAUCUUCUUAUAAAGAUCAGUUUUAUCCUGGAGACAUCAUCUCCUGUGCUCUUAAAGGACGUGAGGAUUUCCGCUCUCCUUCAGUGU